CGCGGCCCGAGGAACAACAGCGGAGCAGCCCUCGCGGAUGUUCGGCGACGCGCCGCGUCUUCGCACCGCUGGCGCACUCGAGCGCAACAUGUUCCGGGACGGCCAGUAUCUGGAGGUGAUCAAGGCCUCGGACGAUUGCCUGGCCACUGCCGUGGUCACCGUGCAGGAAAAAACAGUAGAGAUUAAGAAGCAGAAGGUCAUCACUAACAAAUGGCUGCAAGUCGAAGAUUGGGCUGCUCUCUAUAGAAUACUGGAGCGCGCGGUCCUGCGAAACGGCCCACGGAGUAAUGGAUCACAUCGUGAAGGUCAAGGAUGUGAAUGGAGAAAGUCCACCCGACAAUUGGAAGUCACGUAUACUUUCGAAUAUCCAGAAUGCGCGAGCGACGCCACAUCCUUACCCACAAUCAAAGUACACGUAUCGCCAGCAAGAAGAUCAGUGAAGCGAGAAAAAAUUAACGAGAUAUCGAAGAUAUCGAGGAGCAAAGUGAAAACAAGAGACGAUACGACAAAACCUACAAAAGAAGAUAAAUCCUGUGAUCAAGUCAGCACAAAAACAAAUCGAGCCGACACAAAAAAUGAUCGACUGAAGAGAACGUCUGAAAAACCGACGCAGACUUCCCCGAAAAAGAUUGAGACGGAGCAGGACUCGAAGAGAAAGAAGAAACGGAAGUACGACCUUUUCGACGAUCUGAAAAGUGCGCCGUUGGAGGAAUACAUUCCAGACGCGCCGAAGGCGAAGAAAUCCUGUACAGAUCUCAAAUACGUACCCAGCCAGAAGAGCGCGUUGGAGAGUAUGCCGCUAGCGAUGAACGAGUACACGCCAACCCUGUGCAGCAGCAAAUGUGUCCCGCAGGAUGUGAAUUACGUGCCAAACUCCAUCGAGAAACUAGAGGCGACCUAUGAGACCUACGAGCCGUGUGCCACCACGACAAUUCCCAACGACAUCCUGAAAGAAUACGUGCCGAACUCCAAAGGGGUCAAGCCUUCCGUGGAAGAAUACGAGCCCGACUUUAAGUCAUCGAGCAAGCUAAUGAAGUUCGACGACAGUUACGUACCAUCCACCGUUCGACAAAGCGUCUCGAAUUCUAGGAGAAUGUCGGAUAAAUCGGCGAAAUUGAAAAGGAUCGAGGCGCACCGGAAAGGAACGCUGUCCAAAAAGAAAAUCGAUCCCUUUUCGUGAGACGUCUUCCGCGAAAGCUUCUGUUGUAUGAAAUUGUACAGAGUACUUAGUACACGUGACUGAUGAAAAGUUUGUUGAACGUCGAAGAUAGAUGUUAGUACGACUGAUAUUUGUAAAAACUGUAUUUUAUUUUACUAAGUUAUGCG